CCUGUUUUUUGUUUUUGCUUAUUUUUCAACAAACAAAUUGGACUUUGUAUUAUUUUAUUUGUUAGUUGCUAUUUUCUUUUUAAGCUGCCACAGUUGCAGUCAUUUCUUUUUAAGUUACAAAGUUAAAAUAAGUAAUAAAAAACCUCAUAAUGGUACGUGGUCAACUGUAUGCCUCCACACAAAUGCUGGGCAUUACCCGGGGAAAUAAUAGACAAUUGCCAGUUUUGUUGAGAUCUAUGGCUACUGAAUCAUCUAGCCAAUCGGAUUCUUAUCAAUACUUGCAACGUUCCAAAUUACCAACACUGUAUUUCCAGAAAUCUUUACCUCGCCUGCCAAUACCUUUGGUGGACAAGAGUUGUGAACGUUUUUUGGCGGCCGUACAACCCAUAACGAGUGCGGAUGAAUUCAUAGAAACGCAACAAGUUGUGGAGAAGUUUCGCAUGAAUGAAGCGGCUGAUUUGAAUGCAAUGUUGAAGAUAAAAGAUGAGGCUAAUAAACAUACCAGUUAUAUAUCGGAACCAUGGUUCAAUAUGUAUUUGCGUGAUCGCGUACCCCUGCCCCUAAACUACAACCCCUUGUUGGUGAUGAAAAAUGACACCCGCCCUCAGUAUCAACAUCAAACGGUUAGGGCUGCCAAUCUCAUCAUAAGUUCUUUGCGCUUUUGGCGUUCCCUACAAGAUGGAGUUCUCGAACCUGAGGUCUUCCAUUUAAAUCCCAAAAAGACUGAUAAUGAAAAAUACCGCCGUUGGAUGCGCAUAGCACCACAAAUUAUUGCCACCUAUGCCUCAUAUGCUUUUAAAGCUUUUCCACUCGAUAUGAGUCAGUAUGAGCGUUUGUUUGGUACUUCCCGCAUACCAGAAUUGGAAAAGGAUCGUUUGGUGCAGUCACCCCAUUCGAAACAUAUAAUGGUUAUGCGUCGCGGUAAUAUUUAUACGGUGGAUGUGCUCGAUGCAAAUGGUAACAUAGAACCAGCUAAAGAAAUAUUGGCUCGUUUAAAUGCUGUGAUAAAACUAGAUGAAACCAAAACGGCAGCUGAGGUUCCUUUGGGAGUUCUAACUGCAGAUGAACGUAAUGAAUGGGCUGCUAUAAGGCAGCAUAUUGUUAAGAAUGGUUUAAAUAAUUCUUUGUUAACGGAGCAAGUGGAUUCAGCACUAUUUUGUGUGUGCUUGGAUACAAAUGAAGAUCCAGUGUAUGAGGAAAAUAACCCAGUGCCCGUUUUGAAACACUUGUUGGCCGGAAAGGGUACAAAUAGAUGGUUUGAUAAAUCCGUUUCCAUUUUGUUAAGUGCUGAUGGUACGGCUGCUGUUAAUUUUGAACAUGCCUGGGGUGAUGGUGUAGCUGUUUUGCGCUACUUCAAUGAGAUCUACAAAGAGACCCUUAACAAACCAUUUUUAAGCACCAACGAUCUUGAUUCUUUAACUAAUCAUCCAGUAGACACCUCAAUGGUACGCCCAAUCACUUUCGAAAUCGACGAUAAACUUAAAGAAUUGGUAAAGCAAUCCAAUAAUAGAAAUCAACAAAACAUUAGGCCCUUAAACAUGCACAUGUUACGUUAUCCUCAUCUUAGUAAAAAUGCCUGUAAACGUGAUCGUUUAAGCCCGGACUCCAUAAUGCAGCUGUCAUUCCAAUUGGCCUAUAGACAAGCGUUUAACAAAUAUGUAGGCACUUAUGAGUCCUGCAGUACAGCAGCCUUUAAACAUGGACGCACUGAAACUAUGCGCCCCUGUACCAAUGCCACCAAACAGUUCUGUGAAAGUCUUUUAGAUUCAAAGACUGGCUCCGAUGCCAAAUAUUUGCGUUCUCUAAUCGAUCAAUGUUCUACAUAUCAUGGCCAGUUGACUAAAGAUGCUGCUAUGGGUCAAGGUUUUGAUCGUCAUUUGUUUGCCUUAAAGCAUACGGCAGCUAUUAACAAUAAACCUUUGCCGGAGUUCUACAACAGCGAGGCCUUUAAACGUAUUAAUUACAAUAUUAUAAGUACUUCCACAUUAUCGUCGGAUGCUUUGUUAGCCGGUUCAUUUGGUCCAGUAGUACGUGAUGGCUUGGGCAUUGGUUAUUCCAUACAGAAUGAAGAAUGUGGCGCUAUUGUUACCUCCUAUGAGAAUGGUUGUAAUGGCCAGGAAUUUAUAAACAGUUUAGAACAAGCCUUUAAUGCUAUACGGAAAGUCAUUGUUGAAAGCAAAUAAUUGUGCGUAAUUGUAUUUGAAUUGUUUUGCUGUUUUGCCAAAGCAUUUGAUGCGUUUUUGAGCAAUUAAUUUCAUUCAUUACCUUUUUCGAUUUUAUGUAUUGUUGAUGUAUGUUUACAAAACGGCUUUUAAGACUAAAAUGUUCUUGCUUAAGUUCAAAAACAUCAUGUUUAUUCUAAAAUUCCAUUAUCCUUUUUUCUCGCUCUUUUAUUUUUAUAAUUUUAAUGGUUGCAUUUUGCUCACUACUAAAGAGAUUAAAUUUCUAAUUAUAUUUUUAUUUUAUAUAUUUUUAAAGUGUAUCAGGAUUAAGUUAUAAAAUCAAUUAUGAAAAUAUGAAAAAUAAAAUGAAAACUAGUUAAAAUGUUAAUUAAACCAAGUAAA